AUGGAGCCGCCUGCGGUGACUUCAUGUAAUUCUCAAAACUCUUCUAAUGGGAUGGAGAAACGCCGUCAGGCUGCUGAUUAUCUGCAGAUAGAUCCGUCGAGUACAUUUAUAAACAAUGCUACCCGGAAUUUCGAAGAUUUGCCUGAGAAUUUUCUGGACACUAUUAGUCCUCAACAAAGUUCGCAAUCGUUAGGACAGCUCAUGAACGACCAUGCGAACAGUCCGCAGCUGGCGCCCUUAGCUCCAAUGAGUAUAGGCUCGGACCAAAGGUUCAUCCUGUUUAGAAUAACAAUAAGUCUUCCGAGGAUCCUUUGCGAAGGUAUUGUUUUCCACUUUGGAACUGGACCUGCUGGCUUGCUUUCGCCACUCCAUUUGGAUAGUCAUAGCCGUCGACUCACCGGCAAUUCUGAAUUUGCUCGCCAUGUUUAUAUCAAGGUGAGGUCAACAAAUUUUUCGGGUCGAUUUUUUUACUUUUACUAUUUUUUUCAUCAAGAAUUUCUGCAUUCAAGGUUGUUUCUACGGCUUUUGUCAAUUGUUUUUACUUCCCAAGUUGUUAAGCCCCUUUGGGUUUCAGCUGGCCGCCGCGUCUAUUCUACGAAGGACAGCAAUGAUCCGCUGAAUGCUGAAAUUGACGAUGACAUUUACAUUGACACGAAAGAGUUAUGCAAGAGAAUAGCAUAUGAGUUGAAGCAACAUUCCAUUCCGCAAGCAAUCUUCGCAGAACGCAUCUUGUGCAGAAGUCAAGGAACACUUUCGGACUUACUUCGAAAUCCUAAACCGUGGAAUAAAUUGAAGUCUGGUCGCGAAACGUUCAGAAGAAUGUUCAAUUGGGUUCAACAACCUCUUGCUAUGCGACUGGGGAUUUUGGAUAUGUAUAAGCAAGGUGGCAAAGCACCUGCCGGAUGUGGGAUGUCCCCUCCAACACCUGCUCAGAAUGUGCGGCAUGCUUCUCGACGCAGUCUUGGGGACUCCGACCAGCCUUCAAAUAAGCGUCCACGACUUGUGUUCACCGAUAUCCAGAAGCGAACGUUGCAGGCUAUUUUCAAAGAGACGCAACGUCCCUCACGUGAGAUGCAGCAGACCAUAGCGGAACAUUUACGCCUUGAUCUCUCUACUGUUGCGAAUUUCUUCAUGAACGCCCGUCGACGGAGUAGAAUCGGUCCGAAUAGCGAUGAACCUCAACCUUAUCAACAGGUGCGCCCCAUUUCUCCACCGCCGGAUUCUCCCCCUACGGCUAACUCGGGAUCUGGUCCAAUUGGAAACGGUCCACCUGCCCCCCAUCCGCGCAAUCGACGGCAGCCCGCCAGCAUGCAACAUGUCGAAGCCACUGUAAGCAACCUUAUUUUUCUUUCGUUGUUUCUGAGGUUUAGGUCGGUAAUUAGGACCGGGAGAGGGGUAAAAGUGUUUUGA